CAUCAUCAGCAGUUCAAAGCGUUCUUUACAGUUCCUCUACAUUCUUUCAACAGUCACUCUUUCAGACCACCUUCGCUUCCUGCACGCAUCUUCCAAAAUGAAGGCCUCCACCAUCUUUGCUGCUAUCGCAGCUUUCAUUCCUGCCGUCAUGGCUUGCAACGGUCACACCGGUGGAGUUCCUAAGGCUGUUGGCACAAAGACCAACAAGGCUGUCAUCGAGGUUAAGGCCGGCCAGGUCUUCGACGGCCAGUGGUACAGGUACGACCGCGGCAGCGGUGCUUGCGGUGGUCAGGGUGAGGGAGACUACAAGGACGCCGUCUUCUACCUCCACGAGGGCGCCACUCUCCGCAACGUCAUCAUCGGAAAGAACCAGGCCGAGGGUGUCCACUGCAACGGUGCCUGCAGGCUUGAGUUUGUCUGGUGGGAGGACGUCUGCGAGGACGCUCUCUCCAUUAAGAACGACAAGGCCGGUUCGCAUUCCUGGGUCAUCGGUGGUGGUGCUUACCACGGCUCGGACAAGAUCAUCCAGCACAACGGCUGCGGUACCGUCAACAUCAUCAACUUCUACGUUGAGGACUACGGCAAGCUUUACAGGUCUUGCGGAAACUGCUCCAAGCAGUGCAAGCGCGGCGUCUACAUCGAGGGUGUCACUGCUAAGAAGGGUGGUGAGCUUGCUGGCAUCAACGCGAACUACAAGGAUACCGCUGUCCUCAAGAACGUCUGCUCCGACGCAAAGACCAAGUGCCAGAUGUACAACGGCUGUGCUGGUGGCUGCGAGCCCAAGAAGGCCGGUGUCUGCUCUGGUUAAGCUGGCUCAGCUUUCGAGUGGAGGUCAGCUCUAGGCUCUCUUCGCUGCAGAAUUUGGUGGUCUUGAAUGCAAUCGUGGGCUGAUUGCAGAAUUGGUCAUCUCAAAAUGUACAUAUGUUCGCCCUUUUUG